ACUCUCACACCCCGUCUGGAGUACCUCUCCUCUGCUCAUUGCUCAGUUUUAAGUGCUCGUGAAACCCCAAACCUCCACUUUUUACUUUGACUCAAACUCUGUGCCAUCACAAUCCCACCCCACAAUUUAUUAAUUCCACUCUCUUCCUCACAUACAAUUUGCUCUUCUUUCUCACCUAACGAGAUUAGUUCUUCGCGUUGGAGAUUCGUAAUUGCUCCAGUUUCUGACUGCUGAGAUCGAGACGUAUGGGUAGUUCAGCGGAGCAUAGUUCUGGAGAGGAGACUGACAUUAGUGAUUCUGAAACUGAGGAUUACCAGGAGAAGGCUUAUGAAGAACUGAAGAGUGGUAAGCACCAGGUGAAAAUAUCCGAUCAAGCUUAUACUUGCCCCUACUGCCCUAAGAAAAGAAAGAGAGAUUUUCAGUACAAGGAACUCUUGCAGCAUGCAAGUGCGAUUGGCAGUUGCAGUUCACAUAAAAGAACUGCAAGAGACAAGGCAAAUCAUCUCGCCCUCGCAAAGUACUUGGAAAAUGAUACAGCUGUUGAUGCUGGUCCGUCAAAGCCUUCUGCUGAGGUAGAUGCUCUUGCAGACCAAGACCGUGAUGAGCUGUUUGUCUGGCCAUGGAUUGGUAUUGUUGUCAACAUUCCUACUGACUUUAAGGAUGGUCGUUAUGUGGGAGAGAGUGGUAGUAAAUUGAGGGAUCAGUUGACAAGAAGAGGAUUUAAUCCAACUAGAGUGCGACCUUUGUGGAAUUACCAAGGCCAUUCCGGAACUGCUAUUGUUGAAUUUCAAAAGGAUUGGUCUGGAUUCACCAACGCCAUGUCUUUUGAGAAAUUUUAUGAGGCUAAUCAUCAUGGUCAGAAAAAUUGGCUGGCAAAGAAUGGAAUGAAGUCAGAUCUUUAUGCAUGGGUUGCUCGCGCAGAUGAUUAUAAUUCUAAUAACAUUGUUGGAGAAAAUCUUCGCAAGAUUGGAGAUCUUAGAACCAUAUCAGAUAUCAUGGAAGAGGAAGCUAGAAAGACUAACAAGCUCGUAGGUAAUUUAACAAAUGUUAUUGAGGCAAAGAAAAUGCACUUGCUGGAGAUGGAGAAUAAAUUCAAGGAGACUGAAAGCUCUCUACUCCAGUUGAUCAUGGAAAAGGAUAACCUGCAUCAAGCUUAUAAUGAAGAGAUAAAAAAGAUUGAGUCUAGUGCCAGAGAUCAUUUCAAGAAGAUAUUCAACGACCAUGAGAAGCUGAAACUUCAAUUGGAAACUCAAAAGAGAGAUCUUGAGUUCCGGGGUCAAGAACUGAUGAAACGGGAGACACACAACGAAAUUGAGAGAAAAAAGCUGUCUGAAGACCUUGAACAGAAUGCGGUGAAAAAUUGUUCCCUUCAAGCUGCUGCUGAGGAACAAAGAAAGGCUGAUGAAAAAGUAAUGAAACUGGCUGAAGAACAGAAGAAACAAAAGGAGAAUCUCCAUAAGAGAAUCAUUUUAUUAGAGAAACAACUGGAUGCAAAGCAAGCAGUACAGCUUGAAAUUGAGCAAUUGAGAGGUAAAUUAAAUGUCAUGAAGCACAUGGGAGAUGAAGGCGAUUUAGAAGUGUUAAAUAAAGUGGAUUUGCUGCUCAAGGCAUUGAGGGAGAAGGAAGGAGAGCUUGAAGAUUUGGAGGUGUUAAACCAAACUUUAAUUGUACAGGAGCGCAAGCGAAAUGAUGAACUCCAGGAUGCUCGGAAAGAAUUGGUUAAUGGCUUGAAAGAAAUGUCAACAAAUGGUCAUAUUGGUGUCAAGAGAAUGGGGGAACUUGACAGCAAGCCAUUUCAUGACGCAAUGAAAAGGAAGUACAGCGAGGCUGAAGCAGAUGAGAGAGCGACGGAAUUGUGCUCACUGUGGGAGGAGUACCUUAGAGAUCCUGAAUGGCAUCCUAUAAAAGUGGUUAGCAUUAAUGGUAAACAUCAGGCUGUGAUAAAGGAAGAUGAUGAAAAGCUGAGAGACCUGAAGGAGAAUUAUGGUGAUGAAGUUUACAAUGCUGUGACAGCAGCUUUGUGCGAGAUAAACGAAUAUAACCCAAGUGGGAGAUACAUUAUUUCGGAACUGUGGAACUACAAUGAGGGUAGGAGAGCCACCCUUAAGGAAGGAGUUGAAGUUCUGCUGAAGCAGUGGAGAUACCAAAAGCGGAAGAGGGGAAUGGAUUGAGGGGUGGAAGUGAGCCUGGUCACUGGUGCGCCCCGGUCUUCGGCGUCUUGUACUAAUAGCGUUUGCGGGAGGGAGCAAAUAAUUGAAUUCUAAUCAUGAACCCUUGUUUGGGAGACUAGUUGCUAUUUAGAAUCUAUGCCCUAACAUUUUAUGAUCUUGCCGUAAAUGAAACCCGAGCUACUUAAUUCUCCUCA